AUGAUUAAUUGUUUAGACAACAAUGUUAAUCAAAUGUUGGUUUCAUUUUUGAAACUUGAUGACAGGCCGACGUCUUUGUUAAUGCCAAAUCUAUGCUGGACGAAAUAUAAAAUGACGUCAAUGGCUAGAUUGAUGUCGGAGAAUAGCAUCAGCGUCGCUUACUCACUGCAGAGAAAUAGAACGGAGUAUUUUCUGCAACAAAUAGUUGUGUUCGCAGAUCUAGAAUGUUCUAAUACAAGAGAAUUUCUACUGAGGGCUGUGGCAGGCGGUUAUUUCAAGUCUCCAUAUCGGUGGCUGCUGUUAGCGUCCGAGAAUCUAAAAGAAAGACUUGACAUAUUAAAUAAUCUAGAAAUAUUGGUGGAUAGUGACGUAGUAGUCGCAAGGCAAAUUGGUGAAGAAUUCAUAUACACAGAAGUUUAUAAGAUAGCCAAAGAUACCGAAAUAGUUUCUACAACUAGAGCUAUAUGGCGUCCGAAAUAUUCAAAAUACAAUAAUUACAGUGAUAUUGCUUUGAAUCAUAGUCACUUUGGCGUAUCAGAAAAUAUUCAAAAGAAUAUAUUGCGUGCAAAAACAGUAGAUGAUAAAUAUGGUACAAUAGAAGACUAUAGAAGGUCAACAGGGUUGUCAUUUAGACGGAAUAAUUUGAGAGGACAUAUUCUUACAAUGUCGAAUGUGAUCCUAGACAGCAAUCGAACUAGGCAGCACUUGGACGAUAGACUGUUUCUUAAUGAAGAUUCAGCGAUGAAAAUGACUUACGCUAUUGUGAAGAUAUGUUUCCAGAUGCUUAAUGCAACUGAAAAGCUCUUAUUUACUCACACUUGGGGGUAUAAGGAUAAAAACGGCAACUAUCAAGGUGCCAUCGAACAUCUUUUGAAGAAAGAGGCUGACUUAGGUACAAUAGCAUUUUUUACCAAAGAACGCUUGAAGAUAAUCGACUAUAUUGCUAUGAUUGGAUCAACUGCCAUCAGAUUCGUAUUCAGGGAGCCCCCUCUUGCAUAUACCUCAAAUAUCUUCACGCUACCAUUCACUAGAGAUGUUUGGCUGUGCGCUCUUGUUUGCAUUCUGGGGUGUUCUCUGUUUCUAUACAUCACUUCAAAAUGGGAAGCCACUAUGACUAGACAUUCAUCUCAACUGGAUGGCUCGUGGGCAGACGUCUUCGUACUAAUCAUAGGAGCGGUCUUACAACAAGGAUGUACUCUAGAACCACGAUAUGCUUCUGGUAGAACCGUGACUCUCUUACUUUUCGUAGCGCUAACAAUCCUGUACGCUGCGUACUCAGCCAACAUUGUAGUACUUCUGAGGGCUCCCAGCUCCUCAGUGAGAAGUCUUUCCGAUCUCCUCAAUUCGCCUCUUAAAGUUGGAGUUAGUGAUUUUGAAUAUAAUAAAUACUUCGUCAGACAAUUGAAUGAACCAAUACGUAAAGCAAUAUACGAUACAAAGAUAGCACCUAAGGGAAAGAAGCCGAAUUUUUAUAACAUGAAUGAAGGCGUAGAGAAAAUUAGAAAGGGUCUCUUCGCGUUCCACAUGGAGCUAAACCCAGGAUAUCGCCUGAUACAAGAGACGUAUCAGGAGCAUGAGAAGUGUGAUCUGGUGGAGAUAGACUACAUCAACGCGAUAGAGCCCUGGUUGAUAGGCCAGAGGAGAUCUCCGUUUAAAGACCUUUUUAAAAUCAAGUAA